AUGGAUACGAUCCCCGAUUCAGGUAAACGGUUCAUUGGUAUCUUGAAUGACCCGAAUCUAAUGUGUAUGCCCAUCAGUGGUUAUCAAGAAUGCCCCUUAUUAUCGCUAGAAGAAAGUAUACAGCCACUUAAAUCAAUAUUAUCUGACAUAGAAACCUAUGCCCAUGCUUCCAAAGUGCUAUGUGAUAAUCCGCCCGCAGAUGGCUUGACGCGAGAUGAAUCAGCGUCUAUAAGGCUCUAUUCAAUGGAAUGGUAUCCUACUGAUAAAUGUCUUUACGUUACCUUGAAUGAAACUCUCCGUUCAGCUGAUCGUAAUAAACUCAAACCUUGGUUCCCAUACCUUAAGCUGAUCCUCACUGCAUUAAAAAAGGUACCGAGUUUUUACGGCACCGUUUAUCGGGGUGUGAAAUUGGAUUUGACAAAAGAAUAUUUUCAAGGAAAAUUAUUUACCUGGUGGGGUUUUAGUUCAUGUACAACAUCGGUUGCUGUCCUCCAGAAUGAUGGUUUCCUGGGAAAGACUGGGCUGCGAACUAUAUUCAGCAUUGAAACGAACUCUGCCGUACACAUUAAAAAUCACACGUAUUUUCCAAUGGAAGAGGAAGUACUGCUUCCGCCAGCUAUACAGUUUAAAGUGGUCUCGAUUCUUGAUACAGGGAAUGGACUGAAUAUGAUUCAACUUAAAGAGACAUCUCCACUAUUUCCUGAUUUGGCUCUCCCAUCCCCCAAAAAAGUGUCAAGUAUGUCUCAAAUUUCGAAUCAAUCAUCUCAUGUGGUAACUGGCAGUUUUGUUCAACCAAAUACAGAUGACAAGGAUCUGGCAGAUGCAAUAAUUAAGGAACUGGAACAAAAGCAAUACAUGAUUUGGACUCAUGAAGACAUAAUGCAUAAUGUAGCUGAGGGUUUAGCCCAUGGCAUACAGAACGCUUGGGUUGUCAUUUGCUUGAUAAGAGACACUUAUGAAUCCUCAGAUGACUGUCGACGGCAACUCCUCUUUGCAGAUAAACAUAAAAAGCCAAUUAUUCCCAUUAUAACUAUGCCAAACUGGAGUCCAACCGGUUGGCUUGAGUAUUCGGUGACAAAUAUUCACUGUAUAAAAUGGGAUUCUGUGGAACCUAACAAUGUGACACCGAAAAUUCCAGAACUUUUGCUAUGGCUUCGUACCAUCCACACGGGAGUCAAGCCCAAUCCUAAAGAAGUAAGAGCAGCAAGAGGAAAUGCGCCUGCACCAGUAACCUCAAUCGUACCAGUAUCGCCAACAUUGUCAACAUCGCCAAGACGCUCGGCAGCACACAGUCCUGUCGUCAUUACUCCGUCUCGCUCAAGGAGAAAUAAGUGA